AUGCCCCAAAAUAAUAAAGGAUAUAGUGAUAUUAUAUUUUUUCUUUUAAUCAUCCUUAUAUAUGUGAGCAAUAAAACCUUUGCAAGUGAAUAUAUUCUAUCCAAUACUAUACCAUACAAUACUAUUCGACGAAGAAAUACUUCGAAAAAUGAUAGCUUACGGAAAUCUUCCUUACUCAACACUACUCUAAACAAAGCAUAUCCAAUCAACAUUGAAGAUAGCUUCAUUUUGGGUAAUAAUAGUUCGAAUGAAGCACAUGAGCAAAUCGAUCUCACAAUAUGUACCAAUCCUGAAGAAAUUAGGAAAACAACAGAAAUUAUUAAUGACGCUUUGUCAAUUUUACGAUACCAUGCUACAAGUGAAGAAAACUACAAAUUACAAUAUGUAUACGAUAAAGAUGCAUUAGUAUAUUUUAAGAAGCAUGGAAAUACCGACAUUGAAAAACUUGAUCUUAAAAUCCGCAAUUCCAAUAAGUAUAAUGAUGUAAUAAACAAUCUAUGGGAUCCUUAUGGUACCAAACAUUUCAAUGAUUACUUUAUUAAUGGAAACGUUGUCCGUAUAUACAAUCCCAAUUUACUAAUGAUACAGCAACGAAACAUCGAUCCUACUCAAUCACCCCAAGAAUCGGUUUAUGCUUUAGCCUCAAAAAUUGAGAUAUCCGAAGACAUAACGGUAAUUAUCAUAGCUUCAGCAAAUGUAAAUGACUACAACAAUUCCAAUAAAAAAACUUAUAAAAACAAAAAUUUGGAAAUAAGCAACUCAUUAAAUACUAGCAGUUCUCCUGAAUCAUAUAUUAAAGAAGAAUCUAAAAAAACGUUUAACUUAUCCGGGUUUUUCAUUAAAAAAAAGGGCAAUUACAUCAAUGUUACUUAUGUUAAUGCUAUGGAUGAUAACACAUCUUCCAAAAAAUACUCUAUUAAAAAAUCUAAAGGACCGAACAUAGCAUUUUACCUCCGCUUAAUGGAAAUAUUUUUGAAGAAAUGA